CCUCCCUCUACACAACAACUGAAGCAGUAGAAACCCCCUCCUCUCUCUCCCCUCUUCCCCUUCUCUCUCGUCCCUCCCCCGUUUCGGCAAGCGCGCGAAAGGGGAUCGGCCCCUUCUAGGGUUUCCUUUCUCCGUCUCUCUUCGCCCCAUUUCGCCAUCGUUUGGGGCUCGCGAUUCGGCGGGGGCGGGGGCGGGGGCGGCGGCGGAUUACGCGGCGAGUUUGAGGAGUUUGCUUCGAUCGGAGGGAUUUUGAAGUGGUGGGAAUAGAGAUGGCGUCGCCGAAGAACGAAGGGUUUCUGACGGAUCAGCAGAGGGAGGUGCUGAAGAUCGCGGUGCAGAACGCGGAGGUGCUGUCGUCGUCCCCCAAGUCGCCGUCGAAGAUCUCUCCGAGGUCGCCGACCACCUCAUUGCGCGAGCAUCACCAUAAGAAUGCGGUUGGCGGGAGGGCACCGGCUGUGGGAGGGGGCUUGAGGCAUGUGAGGCGAUCGCACUCGGGAAAGUUUGUGAAGGUGAAGAAAGAUGGUGCUGGUGGGAAAGGCACGUGGGGCAAACUUCUAGAUACAGAUUCUGACUCGCGGCUUGACAGGAAUGAUCCAAAUUAUGAUAGUGGUGAGGAACCAUAUGAGCUAGUUGGUUCCGCUGUUUCUAGCCCGUUCGAUGACUACAAGAAGUCUGUAGUUAUGAUCAUCGAGGAGUACUUCACUACUGGUGAUGUAGAAUUGGCUGCGACUGAACUAAGAGAUCUUGGCUCCGAAGAGUAUCAUCGCUACUUUGUUAAGAGACUUGUUUCCAUGGCCAUGGAUCGUCAUGACAAAGAAAAAGAAAUGGCGUCAGUGUUGCUGUCUGCUCUCUACUCUGAUGUGAUAAGUUCAACUCAAAUCAGCCAAGGCUUUGUGAUGCUACUCGAGGCUGUUGAUGAUUUGGCGCUUGACAUACCUGAUGCAGUUGAUCUUUUGGCUCUUUUCAUCGCGCGAGCGGUUGUUGACGAAAUUCUGCCGCCAGCCUUCCUCACUAGGGCGAAGAGGACUUUUUCAGAUUCUUCUAAGGGUCUACAAGUCAUAGAGACAGCUGAAAAGAGCUAUCUUUCGGCUCCUCACCAUGCAGAGUUGGUUGAACGGCGUUGGGGUGGCACUACUCACAUCACUGUUGAAGAGGUCAAGAAGAAAGUCAGUGAGUUAUUAAGAGAAUAUAUUGAAAACGGUGAUACAGCAGAAGCCUGCAGGUGCAUAAGGGAGCUAGGGUUGCCAUUCUUCCACCACGAGGUCGUGAAGCGGGCGCUGGUCCUCGCGAUGGAGAAUGCAGUGUCCGAAUCUAUCAUUCCCAAGCUUUUGAAAGAAGCAUCCGAGGAAGGCCUGAUCAGCUCUAGCCAGAUGACAAAGGGCUUCUCCCGUCUCACUGAGAGCCUCGAUGAUCUGUCCCUCGACAUCCCGUCUGCGAAAUCACUUUUCGAGAACCUGUUGCAAAAGGCAGCUUCUGAGGGAUGGCUCGACCCUUCAUUUAUCAACUCAGCAGGUGUCAACGGGGACAUAGGAGGCGAAGAUUAUGAGAAGCUAAGGAAGUACAAGGAGGAAAUAGUUACCAUAAUACAUGAGUACUUUCUCUCUGAUGACAUUCCUGAACUCAUUCGUAGCCUUCAGGAUCUAUCGUUGCCACAGUAUAAUCCGGUUUUCAUCAAGAAGCUCAUCACUCUCGCAAUGGACCGUAAGAACAGGGAAAAGGAAAUGGCAUCUGUUCUUCUAUCGGCACUCAGCAUGGACUUCUUCUCAACUGAAGAUAUCGUCAAUGGGUUCAUAAUGCUCUUGGAAUCUGCAGAGGAUACAGCUCUUGACAUUCUGGACGCUUCAAAUGAGCUAGCCCUAUUUCUAGCUAGGGCGGUGAUUGACGACGUGCUAUUCCCCUUGAACCUAGAGGAAAUAAGCGGCAAGCUUCCGCCCAAUUGCAGUGGCAGUGAAACUGUCCAUGUGGCCCGUUCACUUGUCUCUGCCCGCCAUGCUGGCGAGAGGCUUUUAAGAUGCUGGGGGGGCGGCACAGGAUGGGCAGUGGAGGACGCAAAGGACAAGAUUACAAAGCUUCUGGAGGAGUAUGAGACGGGGGGCGAUGUGGGGGAAGCUUGCCAGUGCAUUCGUGACCUAGGCAUGCCAUUCUUCAACCACGAGGUGGUCAAGAAGGCGCUGGUGAUGGCGAUGGAGAAGAAGAAUGACAGGCUUCUGGAUCUGCUGCAGGAGUGCUUUGGUGAAGGGCUGAUCACCAUCAACCAAAUGACUAAAGGGUUCUCUAGGGUAAGGGACGGGCUCGACGACCUGGCACUUGAUAUUCCUGAUGCGGAGGAGAAGUUUCGAUCCUAUGUGGACCGUGCCAGGAAUGGCAGUUGGCUGCUGCCGUCCUUCGCGGUUGCUGCUCCAUCUCCAGAUGCUGUAGCCAAGUAGAACGUUAUCUUUUCGUCAUUCGCUGUUGCUGCUCCAUCUAGAUGCUGUAGCCAACUAGAACAUUUCCUAUUAUUCACUCUUGUGUUCUUUCAGAUAGAAACCAGACUGAGUGUCGUUCUGAUGAUUCGGAUUAUCUGGUAUUUCAACUUACCCAUAUGUAGUAGUUCUGUAGCUUUUUUGUUUUUUUUCUUUAUUUCAUUUUGCUUACAAUUUUAUUGUGGGAAGACCUGGGACACAACCUGCUAGACGUUUCAUCUGAUGGUGUACUGCUAUGCUAUUAUGGGGUUUUUGUAAAAAUUUGGUUCUAAUUGAUCCCUUUUAUGGUCA